AUGAGUCAGGAAAUGCGAAAGGGCGAUAGAGAGGGAGUGAUCCGUGGCUUCCAGAGCCUUGGCUCUGACGGUGGUCAAGCCAUUGCUGCCUUGGUUCAGGAGCGAAGCGACAUGAAGGAGCUGGCAAAGACAACUCUUGCUGUUAGGGUCCGAAUGUGCCAAAUACUCGGAGAUAGAAGCUAG